AUCACACUCUUUCCCUUCAUGUUCCUUCUGGUAUCUGUCAUCUUUAUCCAACUGUAACACACAUUUCAUAGCAAAAAUAAUCAUUUUUCUAUCCUAUCAAAACACUAUGUGCACAUUAGAAAAAACCGGCAACGUCUUCUAUCUUACGCUUACCGGUGACGACGAGCACCGUUUGAAUCCUACUCUCAUCGCCACCAUCCGAUCAUCACUAGCCCAAGUUAAAUCCCAAUCCGUGAAGGGUUCCGUUUUGAUAACCAAAGCCGAAGGAAGAUUCUUCUCCAACGGCUUUGAUCUAAAGUAUGCACAAGCCGGCGGCUCACCACAAGCUGCCAACGCUCGGCUAAUGAAUAUGGUGGAUUUGUUAAAGCCAGUGGUUGCCGAUUUCAUGUCCCUCCCAAUUCCAACCAUUGCCGCUGUCACCGGCCAUGCUGCGGCGGCGGGGUUAUUGCUAGCGAUGAGUCAUGAUUAUAUAACCAUGAGAUCGGAUAAAGGCGUGUUGUAUAUGAGUGAAUUGGAUAUAGGAAUGACUUUGCCGGAUUAUUUCAUGGCGAUGAUAAGGUCUAAAGUUGGAUCGGCGGGUGCUCGACGGAAUUUGGUUUUGAAAACGGCGAAGAUUAGAGGGGAGGAGGCGGUGAGGAUGGGAAUGGUGGAUUCAGCGCAUCCUACGGCGGAGGAGACGGUGGAUGCGGCGGUGCAACUGGCAGAGGAGCUGGGAAAAAAGAAUUGGGAUGGUAAAGCGUAUGCAGAGAUCAGGAAAUCGCUGCUACCGGAAUUGUGCGGGCUUUUAGGGUUGAAAGAUGUUGCAGUUUUGCCCUCACACCUUUGAGUGAGUCACGUCCAUUUUCUUUUUCUUCUUCUUUUUGUUUUUUCCAGUCUGUAAUUUGCUUUCGUAAUUUGUAUUUCUUUCUUCUUAAACAAAAAUAUUGAUAUUAAAUAAUUGCUACUAAUACUAUUUUAUGGAGUUUGGACCUCCUCUUUCAAA